GCUACUUUUGAAAGUAAAUAAACAAAGUUUAGAGACUAUAAAUCUCCUAAACUCCGAGAUUAUUGAACCGGCGAAAAUGCUGUUUUAUUCAUUCUUCAAGUCAUUGGUUGGAAAAGAUGUUGUGGUUGAGCUUAAAAAUGAUCUCAGUAUUUGUGGGACAUUACACUCAGUAGACCAGUUUUUAAACAUCAAGCUUACAGAUAUCAGCGUUACAGAUCCAGAUAAAUACCCUCACAUGAUGUCAGUAAAGAACUGUUUUAUCCGUGGUUCAGUGGUACGGUAUGUUCAACUACCAGCUGACGAGUGUGAUACACAGUUGUUACAGGACGCGGCACGGAAAGAGGCAGCUCAGAACAAACAAAGAUGAUACUGUUGUUGUCAUUGUGUUGUUUAUAUGUGUAACUUUGUAAAUAUCUCACAUCAACAUUCGUGUACAGUCAUAAUAAACAGCCAUGUUGAUCGUUAAAAUUGAUUCUGACAAAAUAAUGGUGUAAAAAUUUGGCACCCUAUUCAGUGGAGAGUGUGAAAUAAGAAAAAAAGACUUUAAUUCUGUGUGACAUUUUUAUUCAUUCAUUUAUUGUGAUUGUUUGCCGACAUGAAAAA